CACCAACGAGGCGGGACCGGAAGCGCAGGCGAUCCCUGGAGCGGGAACCGCACUCUACACAAGAUGAUCUCCCUCUCGAUGUUUCCGCCGCCAGUGUGUGGAACGACUCUCUACGAGCUGAAUAAUGAACUGGUCGCUGGAACGCAGAGCGAUGAAGAUGCCCACAGCUUACACAUGCAGAUUCUGGGUUUCCCGCCGAUCGUGGUGAACAAGGAGACUCUGAAAACGCACGGACGUUCGGAGCCGUGCAGCAGAGCGGCGUUCCUGACUCACAGUGAGCCCGUGUGGAAACGUGGAGCUAAUGCCUGGCACGACUCUGGCAUCUAUGGAUUACUGCAGGAGAUCAACAAAUCUGCAGAUGAAGUACCCAAGAUGCUGUGGAGAAUUUCGGGGUUCGCUUUGACCGUCUGUCAUUGGAUCACCUCCCUGCACCGCUCCCUCUCCCCACAACUCCCGCUGAACACAGACGACCUUCUCUCACAGUUCACACAGGUCACCGACUGGAAGAAUUGUUCUCUCCGAGUAUUUUCUUGGCAUCCGCACACCAACAAAUGUGCCUUAGCCUUGAUCGACGAUUCCAUCCGAGUUUACAGGGCUGGAAGUGAUACAGUACCCACACUAAGACACCCACUACAAAAGAAUGUGGCGGCGUUAGCUUGGAAGCCACUGUGUGCGUCUGUGCUGGCUGCUGCUUGUCAGAGUGGAGUAGUUGGGGGGACAGUAGACCCUAACUCCCUAUCUACACGACCAUCGUCAGGAUGUGCACAGGUUCUCUCCCACCCCGGACACUCUCCAGUUACAACGAUCUCCUGGAAUUCUCGGGGAGCAACUCUGGUCUCUGGUUGUCCCACUGACACCUCCAUGUUGGUAUGGGACGUGGCCACAGAGACAGCUGUCCCACUACAGAGAGUGGGGGGCGGAGGGGUCAGCUUCCUGUCCUGGUCUCCAGACAGUGGCCGGAUUCUGGCCGCUACUCCAUCCCCCCUCUUCCGGGUGUGGGAGUCACACACAUGGACAUGUGAACGAUGGCCCACUCUACGAGAUCGAUGUCAGACGGGCUGUUGGAAUGGAGACGGGAGCCGUCUGCUCUUCACGGUACUUGGGGAAUCUGUCAUCUACCUGCUGACAUUUGUGGACCCAGGUGGGGUUCUGGGAGGGGGGGGAAGUUCUCAAACGGCCGCCAUCUGCGCCGACGUUUCACAGACGGUCUUCGGCUCCGGAGACAAUGAGAUCAGGAUCGGGGGAGAAGUUCAAUCAAUGGUUUGGGACCCAAGUGGAGAACGAUUGGCCGUCCUACUCAAAGGAGACCCAGAGACUGGUACCAGACCCACAGUCGCCGUCUUCAAGACUCGAGUACGUCCCGUUUUUGAGUUGCUGCCUUGCGGGUUUGUUCAGUCCGGUGAUAAAGGAUCUCCCCAGUUCAUCAGUUUCCAUCCGCGGGUCCCCAAAGGAGCUUUACUCACUGUGGGUUGGUCGACAGGUCGAAUCUCCAACAUUCCCUUUUACUUUGUCUCCUCUCAGUCCUAUCCCCCCCUCCACCCCCCAACCUGCUCCCCCCCCCUGCGCAUCUGUUCCCCCCGUAGCCCCGGCGACCUCUUCUCAGAGCUGUGACCCCUUCACCCCCCCCACACGCUCUCCU